AUGGCAUCCCCUUCCGCCACGGUCUCAUCGACCCCUUCAAAAAUUCCAAGUAAGGCAGAGGCUAGGUUCUAUGCGAUCAUCGAUCACUUCGGCGGCGACCAGCCCCCGCCGAAUACAAAACAUGACCGAGCGGCGCUGGUGCGCUGCACGUACGACCAUGCGCUCACGGACGAGGCCAAGGACACCGUCUUGAAGGCAUUCUUCGGGCCCAUCGCCAUGCCCCCUGGACAGCCCCGUAGACUUGACCGAUAA